AUGUGGGAUACUUGGUUUACCGUAGCCUCGUGUGUUUACCUGGGUUGCCCGUUCCAGAAACCCGUGGAUCCGACACACCCAGCCUUUGGCGGGACGGCAUUUGCGGCGAUUCAGUACGGAGAUUUGGCGGCGCAGGCACCUUGGCUGGACUUGACUCGCGAGCUCUCCGUACAUGGAUGCUUCCGCAUUGUUGGAUCGAGGGGCCGACUUGGGGUCGUGACGCGGAGGUAUGACGACCUACAGUUUCGGGGCGUCGAGGAAAACUUUGCGAUUAUCGAAACUGAGAACACAGAGGACACGUCCCACUUCUGUUCCCGCUACAAGAAGGCAGCGUCACUUAUUGACCAUGGUCUGAGAGUAGACGAGGACAAGACGUCAGUGAAAACUGAUGUGAUUCUUUGCCAGAUAGACGAGAAAUUCUAUCGUCUCUCAUUUCGCAUCCAGACGAAGAGCCAUUGGCGAAUCGUGGACCCAAGUGAUGCCUUGAGCGCCGUAAUUAGUAUUGGCUCUUCAGCCACCUGCCAGCACAAUUGCCAGCCUCCUGAAGUCGUGCCCUUGAACGCAAAGAUCUAUACAAUGGACGAAGUUGUUGGAAGGUGGCCAGACGUUGUCCGGAGUUCCGUUGGGACUACAGGUGGCAGCCAUGCCACGAAGAGCGGUAUAUUCCACCUGACACAUGUCCUUGACACUCAUCUGAAAAAGAAUAUCGCCCUCGCUCUGUCCGUUUGCCCGGUCGCUGUACCAAAUUACCCAGACAUUGUCUGCACUACAUGCAUGCUCGACCACGCAGGAAAGGCGGAGCGGAAGCCCUACCGUGAAGGUGAGGGGGGGGAUCCAGCGGACCGCUAUGUCAUCAAUCUCAGUACGGGCUUAGGGGGGCAAGAUGUUUCAAUUGGGCGUAGUUUGAUAGCGGCAAAGUGA